UUUGAAACUCAGUCUGGUACACCAGAAGAAAGACAACCGGAGGCUGUUGUGUCAUCUCUAAUCAAAGUCUUUGAUCGUUCACAUGCUCCUGCUGUAAACUGGGAAAAUCCUUUAGCCCUUCCUCAAUCUAAGUAUACUCCUGAUAGACAAGUUAAAACUUCUCAAAAAAGAACUCGUAAAAAUACUGAAGAGAAACUAGCUAUCCUUAAUUCUCAAAUUAGUACUCUCUCUACUGAGCUUAAAUCAACUAUAAUAUCUACUAACAGGGAGUUAAUAGAAGCAAUUAAAUCUUCAUCGCAAGUCUCUUCUUCGCAAACAGUGUCACCUCUUUCAUCAAGUAUUAACUGGACUCCAAUAGUUCAGGGUUUAGUACAAGGCGUAGCCUCAUCCCUCGGUGCUACAAUAAACUUUCCAUCGCAAGUUCCAUCACAACCCAUACCGCAAACACCCGUCUCACAAACUUCUGGUGAAGUCCAGAAUGUAUCUUCGCAAGUAUCACAAAUUAAAGAGCUUAUCAAAACGGAGAUUUCUCCUUUAGUAAAUAAGGUUAAUAACUUGGAGUCUAUGCUAACACGGUUAGCUGAAACAACUAAUAGUCAAAUUUCUCAAGUCUCUUCUACGGUUGAAACCCUAGCUAGAAUAGUGGAGGCCCAAAUUACUCAAAAAAAACCCCAAG